CACAACUUUUGUAUUUGUAACAAGCAUCCGAAUAAAUGUGACAUUUAUUCCAAUAUUUCAAAAAAUUUAUCAAAUACGUUAUCUGACUUGGUCAAUAAUUGACGUUUCCUUGGUUGUUAUUGAGCUGUUUAGGUGACAAAGCAUUUAGAAUUAGCAGGAAUGAUUCAAAAAUCAUUUUUUAUAUUCUAUAUAAUUAGCCUUGAUUUAAUGGCAUCAUAUAUAUUCGCACGUGAUCAUUGCCUACCACAGUUUUAUCAGUGUGAUCCCCAUUCUACAAAAUCCUGCUGUGAACCCUACCAGUGUUUGCCGAGGCUCACUAGUGUCUUACAGUGGAUGGAUAAACGACACUUUUGCGCAAAGAACGUUACACUGGGCAGUCCAUGUAAUAAAUUCAUGGAUUGCUUACCAAUAGCUAAUGCUAAAUGCUCAGAAAAUAAUACAUGCGUUUGUCAAUUUGGUUCUAAUGAAUACAACAACACUAUUUGUUUGGCAAAAAAAGUAAAACGACAGCUAAAAUUAGGGUUCAGUAUUUAUUAUCACAACACUACUAAUGGAGAAAUUCACCUGAACAAUGAUUUUACAUCGCAAUCUGGUUUUCAUAGGGAAUCAAAUACAAAAUGGGGUGAACGUUGUAAAAUGUGUUUGCAUAUUGAACUCGACGGUCUCAUUUGUGAUGUUGCAACUCAGGAGAACUUUAAGAAUGGCUACGACUUCAAAGAAUGUAGAUGCCCAAAGGGAACAAAGCUCAAUUCAAGCAGUUUAUCUUGUAACGAACCAGAAUUUAAUGAUUGCUCCAGCGAUGAGGAUUGUAGCUAUCUUGAUUACGCUUCAUGUUCUGGAAGUAAAUGUAGUUGCUUACAAAAUUAUCAUCCCAUCAAUGGACGGUGUUUGGGAAAUCUUGGUGCAAAAUGUAGCCAUGAUAUCGACUGCCGUAUUCUUUAUGCAAUUUGUAAAUCAAAUAGCUGUCAAUGUGAUUAUAAUUAUUACGAAAAAGAUGGUUCGUGCAUAAAGUACGCGACAGAAAUAGAAGGAUAUUGCCACACCAAUAAGAGUUGUGAGCUCCUCGAUCAUACUUCAUGUUCUGGACGCAAAUGUCGCUGCUUACCAAGUUAUCAAAAUGUUAACGGAUAUUGCCGAAAUCAUGGCCAAAGGAAAUAUAGCGCUGAACCAGAACUUGCUGUUACAGAACACACUUGUCAAGUCGAUUACUAUUAUGAAAACCAUUACUGCCGUGUGUACGCAAAAAGACUGAACGACCAAUGCUUCAGCGACAAAGCUUGUGAACGUUUAACUCUUACUUCAUGUUUUAAUGGUCGAUGUAACUGUUCCAAGUUCAAUAUCAUUUGCAAGAUCUUAAACGCAUCGAGUUAUUUUGUUUAAUUAUACAGAUCUCUUCAGUUCAACUGUAGCCAGGAGCAAUGAGCAGUUUUUCUACAUAGAAAACAUUUUCGUUACCAUUGUCUGCCCCUAAAUUUUUUCUAGACUUUCAGGUGUUCAAUCACGAAAAUUAUCCACUAGUCUAUUUUAUUAUUCUCAUACUUAAUAACCAUUGCAUUAGUCUGAGUAUUAUUAGUAAAUAUUUUUCACAGUCACGAAUAUUAAUAAGUUGGAAUGUUUUUAAUUUUUUAUAGGCUAACUUCGUUUCAAAAAAUUUUUAGUGUUUUCGUCUAUAUUAUAAUACAAAUGUUAGUACAUAGGCUACAUGGACUAUAAGUGUUAAAAAAAAACAUGUUGAGCUUUCAUCAAACAAAAGGAUAAUUGUCAAUAUAAUUAACAAUAUUUUUAUGUUUUUUUCUAUUUUUGUAUUU